AUGAUAGCAUACCAGAUCUUUAGCUUCCAAGGUUCUAGCAGCAACGGCGAUGAUUCAACUGGCGGUCUGUUCCAUAUGGACGUGGAAAGAGAAUCCGUCAGCGGGUAUGAAGACGGACGUGACACCGAGUGGAGAAACCUGGGUGUAGGUAGACAUGAGGAUGUGCAAUGCCUAACCCACGGUUGCGUGGAGGUGGAGAUGGCGGUGAAGCCGGGGAAGAAGAAGUCCACAAUAGAGAUCCAGGGCGUGGUUGGCAGUGGCACAGAGCCCGCGCUGUUGAAUGCGUUCAUUAUAGGAGAAGUAUAG